AUGCAGCCCCCUCGGCACUUCCCCUCCCCUCUUUCUUUCCCCGUCCUUUCUUUCUUCCUCUCGCUCUCACUCAGUCUGCCCUUCAAGUCGCGUCUGGCUCGCCUGGAGGCGGCACAGCGGCAGCAGCAGCAGCACGGGGCAGAGGCAGGCAGCGGGCACGAGGCAGUGCACGGUGCACAGGCAGUGCAGUAUGCACGGGCAGAUGCAGCAGAGGCGCAUGCGCCCUGGGAUGGGAUGCGUGACUUGCAUGUGACUGUAACCAGUGUGAGCUUCGAGGGCCACGUGGCAUUGUGCCUGUGCCAGCAGGCCCAGCAGCGUGCCACGUCUGCUCCCAUGAGUCAGCUGCGCUGCCAGGCUGGCACGGGUUAUGCGGGGGAGGGGCAGGGAGACAGUGGCGGAGGAGGGGGAGGAGGAAGCGAUCACUGGGGUGCGGCAGCUGCUCAGGAUGCUCGCGGUGCUGUUAGUGCUGUUAGUGGUGCUGCUGCUGCUGGUGGUGGUGGUGAUGCUGGUGGUGCGUGGCGUGAGCGUUGGCGUGCAGGCGAUGCGAGUGUGGGAGGUGCAGGGAGAGACGAGCAUGUGGCGCGAGCAGCAAUGCUUGCUGCAGACGACGACCUUCUUCGGAAGCAGGCACAGCUGUUCCUUGCAGUCAUCCCCACCAGCAGCACCACUCUCAACAGCUCCGCACCGUUUGCAGCCACUGCUACUGGCACUGCUGCAGCUUCUCCUGCCCCCAGUGCUUCCCUUGCGCCUGCCAUUCAGCCCGGCACUGCCAUCACCAUCCGUCCCCCCUGGUACCACCUCCCCUUGGUACUGCCUCCCCCAUGGGGCCCCACCCACGCUGUCUUUGCCACUCACGCUGCUGCUCACACUGCUCAAGCUGCUCCUGUGGGCGGCACGCAAGGCACUGAGGUGCCACCCGCUGGGCUGGCAGCAGACGGCGGAGCAACACCUCACAAGGGACUACCAGUGGACAUGGGAGUGGAGGUGGCAGCAGCAUGGGGAAACAUGGGCUCGGAUGGAGGAGACGACCCGUCCUCCCCGCGCGCUGACGGCGGCGCGGCGGGCAAGCGUGCACAGGCGCACAGGGCGGCGCACUACCCGCACCGAGGGAAGGCUGCCCCGGCAAACCUGGCGUGGAAUGCGGCGGUCCUUGCGCUGGUGCUAGCUGCGGGAUGCGCGGCGGCGGUGAUCGUCGUGCUGACGUGGGGCGACGCGCUCUUCGGCUCCUCCGAGAAGCAGCGCCACCUCACGCCGCUCAACGCCCCGCGCGUGGCGGAUCUUCCCAUGUUCAAGGGCGGGUAUGCGGAGGAGAUGCUGUGGGGAACUUACCGCCCGCAACUCUACCUCGGCAUUCGCCCACGCCUGCCCCAGUCGGUGGUGGCGGGGGUGAUGUGGUGGGCGCCGAGGCAGGACGACUUUGUGGUCCGCCACACGUGUGAGCUGCACGACCCCGUCCUGCACUCCUACUCCUGGCUGCGCCAUGAUGGCCGCCGCUACGCCCGCCAGGAGGUGAAGGACGGCCCAUUCGACCUGAGCAUGGCGUUCCUCAAGUCCUUCAACGGCAGCACGGGGUACGGGGGUGACUGGGCCGUGCGCGUGGCCGUGGACCUCAACCGUGAGAGGGUGGGCGGCGCAGUCAACGCCCAGUCAAUGCCCUUCACCUUCUUCUUCUACGUGGCGGACGAGGCGGGCGCCCCGCUGCUGGCGCUGCCCUCGCCCGCCGAGGUGGCCCGCCUCGUGCUGCACCCCGCCGCUGCCACUGGGGUGGGCGGGGGAGAGGGUGCGAGUGGCAGUGCGGGGCGAGGGGGGGCGGAGGGUGACGAGGAGUGGGUGCGAGGGGGAUUUGAGGACGAGGAGGAGGAUGAGGAGGAGGAGGAGGAGGAGGAGGCGAUGGGGGUGGGGAGGAGAAGGUUGAGGAGUGUGGAGGGCAGUGGUUUGAGAAGGGGUGGGGCGGGACGAGGGGUUGAGAGAGGGGGAAAGAAAGGGAGGAGGCUGAUGGGCGAGGGGGGUGGGGCGGAGGAGGCGGAGGGGCGAGGGGGGCAGCGGGCAGUGGUGGUGGCGGGGGGGGUGUCGGAUGUGUUUGGGCGGUGGGAGCUGCAUGCCGUCACACAGCAGGCGGAGGGGCCGGGGGCGACAUUUGAGGCGGUGCACACGCGGCACAUGCACAACCUGUCGGACACUGUCAAGGCCGCCCUCAUCCGCCACUACCAAACCACGCAGCAGCCGACACUGGGCAACAAGGCACAGCCGGGCGCCAACGUGGCCAUCAUCCAGCUGACAGUGUGGCUGCCAGCGGUGGUGGACUUUGUCUUCCUCUCCGGCCUCCCCGCUGCCUCUGCUGCGCAAUCAUCGUCACAACAAGCCACCAGGCGCCUCAACCUUCUCUCAGGCCCUGCGUUGGCGCGACGCAUGGGAGAGGCAGACGCGGCAGUGGAGCGCCGCAUGGAAGCUUCCUUCCCUGUCGUCCCUGAGCUGGCAGAGAAGAUCCCAGGAGUGGGCGACGCGGUGAAGGCAGCGCUGAGCAACCUCAUCGGCGGCGUGGGGUACUUCCACGGCCGCUCCCGCAUCGCCAUUCCGCCCCAUCUUAAGGACCCCAGUGACCCAGCGGCGUACUGGCAGUAUUGGGCGGCGGCACUGUUCACCGCCACGCCCAGCCGGCCCAUGUUCCCUCGGGGCUUCCUCUGGGACGAGGGCUUUCAUCAGCUCGUGCUCAGGCGGUGGGACGAGCGCAUGGCGAUGGACGCGGUGGGGCACUGGCUGGACCUGCUCAACGUGGACGGCUGGAUCCCUCGGGAACAGAUCCUGGGGGAUGAGGCGCGCAGCAAGGUACCGGAGGAGUUCAUAGAGCAGCAUGUGACCAACGGCAACCCGCCCACGCUCUUCCUCCCUCUCACCGAGAUUGCUGAUCUGGCAGCUCGCAGUGCUGCCACGUGUCAUCGGCUGCCAAACGGGUCGUUUGUGCCGAAGGAGGGGGUGGGAGAGGGAGUGGGGGCAGGAGGCGGGGAGGCGGAGGGGUGUGAGCGGGUGUCGUUCCUGCAUGCAUGCUUGCCGCGCCUCAAGGCGUGGUUCCGCUGGUUCAACUCCUCCCAGGCCGGUGCGUGUGGUAGGGCAGGCGGCUCACUGCUGCUGGGCAGAUGUGAAAAGCAGAACGCAUGUGGGAAGCUGUGUGUGGGAUGGCACUUAGGCACGCCUCUUCAUUCCACUUUGCUGCGCCGCACCUUGCGAAUGGACAUGUGUGGGUGGAAGCGGAGAGGGGCAGGGGCAGCGCUAUGA